AUGAAAGAGAAGUGCUACAUCUGGGGGACGCGAGUGAAGACAUACGCAGAUGGCAGUACUAACGAGUUUGACAAUGUGUGCACUCUGAUUGCCCAAGAUAAAUACAUUUUGUCUAGAAUGCACCUUGCAUCGCUCCAGGCAGAAAGUUAUAUAGAAGCUGAGAUUUUUGCGCCUGUUUGCUACUCAGGCCAUUGGUGGUUAUGGGUGAUUGAUACAACAAAGCGGAGAUUUUAUAUACUUGACCCGCUACACAAGAAAGCUCCAAGCAAUGAGAGAAAGCAGCUUAAUAAAUUCAUUGGAUAUGUAAUUUCAAGAAUGAGAGCAUAUGCCGGCGGGGCACCUCUGAAGAAAAAGGAGAAUGAGUUGGAAAUUAAAGCAACAUACGUUAAUAUCUCAGGCCAAAAAUCAAGCUAUGACUGUGCUAUUUACGUUAUGAAGUGGCUUGAGUUAAUUGGGACCGAAAACAUAAAAAUGGCGAAGUAUGAAUGGGAUAAUUGGCCACAGGACGAGGUGGACCACUACAGAGUAGAAUAUGCUUCGCAGAUACUAUUCAGUGAAAUGAAUAAAGAGAUAGAUCAAGCAAUUAGAGCGAGUAAUGCAAUAAGACUGUCCAAGCCAUCCUCAGUAUUAUUGAGUCUAUUUUGUCAGAUAAAUUCUACUAAUAUAGAAACUGAGUAA